AGUUAGCCUUUCGAGCUUAAUAACCAAUAAAAAUUUUUAGAUUAUAAUUACUGGGUUACACAUAGAAUAAAAGAAAUAAAAACGAUAAACACAUAACACUGAAGGUCAAGUGAUUAAUUUAAAUAAACCGGAUAUUCUAUUAAACGCAGUUAAAUGCAUUAAAUUAUUCCUGUGUUUGUAUCUAACUUCAAGUCAUUGAACUUAAAGGCACUCCUGGCACUUUGAUGAUGGGUCUCAUCAUGGUAAUCAGCUGAUGAGGUGUCAAGGGGUGUGGUUGUAGAGUGCCCUGUUGGUUUCAUAUUUUUUCUGUGUACCGAACUUUCAAUAAAGAAAAAAAUACAUAGAUACUUACAGAUGAUUUUCCAACACUUCUGACGCAUCAAGACGUGAACUGCCAUGUUAUAUAUAAUAGUAACGGCUCGCAGUUUGCUAUGGAUGCUCACGAGUCUUUUUUCAACACUGCUGAUGUUAAGUGCCUUCCUCAGUCCAUCCUGGCUUAUUGCCGCACCUGAAACAGUUCAAUUCGGAAACGAAACAGUAACUUAUCGACCUAGCGUUGGAGUAUAUGCCAAAUGUAGCAAACCGAUUGGAUUUGAAUAUCCAAUUUGUACACUCUUGGCCUUGAGAGGUCUAGCAACUGAAUCGCAUAUCUAUCCGGUACCAUGGAAAGCGGCAACUGUGUUCUUAGCUUUAGGUUUAGCAAUUAUGACACUUACAGUAUGUACGGGUCUAUUAAGCUGUUGCUUUCAAAGCAUCUUCAAGAAGAGCAUAUUUAAUUUAUCUGGUGUAGCUCAGGCUAUUGCAGGUAUCUCCUAUAUAAUAGGCGUCAUGUUACACCCAAUGGCAUGGGGUAGUCAAAGAGUUCAAAAACUGUGUGGAAGAGAUGCAUCUGCCUUUUAUCCAAACGACUGCAGUCUAGCUAUAGGACUUUGGUUAGCCAUUACAGCGACACUACUUACUUUUGUAUGUUCGUGUUUAUCUAUGUCUGCAGAAAAGUCAACCAGUAGCGAUAAAGUUCAAGAUAAAAUUUAUGAAGGACAGACACUUAUUUGUUUAACUUAAAAUAAUAUCUGCUGAUUAAUAAUUCCUUCAUAUUCCGUACCAGAAGAGAUUAUAAUUAACUGCAUAAAAAGUAUAUAAUAGUAGUAUCAAGGUUUUGACCUACUGACGGGUAAAUAUUUGACUGAAUUCGUGCCUUCUCAGUAGUCAUAUCAUAGACACACACCGUUUUGAGAAAAGUAUUUUCAAGCAGCUGUAGUAUGUAUAUUUGAUUUAUAUAAUUGGUUUAUAAUCUUUAAUUAAUACGGGCACAGUAUAAUGCUAACGAAUCGUAGGGUUAUUCUUUUUGUAAGGAUUUGACAGUUCCAAUUUUGCAAUCCACUCCUGAGGCAAAAUUUUGAAUGUUCAACGAUAACGACCAAUCACGGCAAAUGCGCGACGGUACAAUGCAGUUACCAUACAUCUGCGCAAACGACUAUGCGCCAUCACCAAAAUGGAACAUAGAGAACAAAGGAUUUUUUCUAUGAAUGCUAUACAAUGUGCAGCUUCUGUCACUACUUACAUACACAUUCGACACGAACAAUUUCUCACAGUGAGAAAAGUCGGCCAUUGCAUUUUUUCUCACGGGUUCUCCAUACAUAUAGUCCGUUCGCUAAACUCAUGACACAACUGGCUAGUGAUUUUAGUAAAUAAUUUUGCUAAUUUUGGUAAAAUUGUCAAAAAAAUAAUUACUAAAUAGUUAGUAAUUGUCAAUUUUUGCAAAAUUCGCAAAAAAACAAAAAAAAAAUUACCGACUAAAAGUAUUUGAAAUUAGAAAUGGAAGUCGAUAUUUGAACUCUUCGUGUAACUGCGUCGAUACGCAUACACAUACGAUUUUACCAGUUUUGAGUUAUCUUUACUAAACUUUGGGUCAUAAUUGUUUAAACAGAAUUGACUUCAAAACUAAAACUAAAGAUUCAAACUCGACUUUUCAAUGGGCUUCGAUUGAUGUGUUACAUAUAUUUCUGCGACUAUAAUAUGGCACUUCCGGUUACAACCUUUUAACCGAAAAUGAUAUAAAAUCCAAAAUUUUACAUUGGUUCUCAUCUUGCUAAGUCCCGUUGAAUGAUAUACUCACUCAUAUACUACUUCGGGCACUUUAAAACAGUACUUACGGCAAUUCUAAAACCUGAAGUCCGUUGUCAAAUUUGUUGUUUAAAGUAUCAACACAGUGGAUAUCUUACUGGGAAAUUAGAAAAUAAGUAAAACGCCAUGUGCUCUUGUAGAGUUCAGUAAUUAACCAUGCUUUAUUGUUCAUAACCUCACAUAAUUCAUGAUACAUGGCGUAUGACAUAAGUCAACUUCAUAGAACAUUAUUUUUGAACUAAAUAUUACCAACACCCCCACUAGUUCAAAAUACAAUAUAACCUUAAGAAACCAAACAAACAAUAUUCAAACAAUUCAUAAAUUUAUAAUGUUUAGCACUAUGCAAAGCUUUAGUUAAUAAGUCUGCUGGCAUAUCAGCUGUUUUUAAAUAUCUCAGUUCAAUUUCUUUUCUGGAUAUCGUAUCCCUAACAAAUGAUGCCAUUGCCAUGAAAAUGGCAAAGUUGUUCAAAUGUCAUGAUUUGUCGAUACCCAUAAAAGUCAGAUUACUACGAUGUUAUAUAUUUCCUAUACUGUUGUACGGAGUUGAGUCGUGGACUCUCACAGACGCCACCUGCAAGAAAAUUGAGGCUUUUGAGAUGUGGCUUUAUCGUCGAAUCCUGAAGAUAUCUUAUACCGACCACAUUACUAAUGAGGGUGUUUUGCUGAGAAUGAAAAAAGAAAAAGAGCUGUUAAUCAAAAUAAAAACAGCCAAAAUCGAAUACCUCGGUCACAUCAUGAGGAACAGUGAGAGAUAUGGACUGCUGCAACUGGUCUUGCAGGGAAAAGUAGAGGGAAAGCGAGGACCAGGAAGGCGAAGGAUUUCCUGGCUGAAAAAUCUACGAACGUGGUUCAAUACAACCACUACAAAUCUUUUCAGAGCAGCAGUGUGCAAAGUGCAGAUUGCCAUGAUGGUCGCCAACAUCCGAAACGGAUAGGCACUACAAGAAGAAGAACAAAUGAUAACGCACGUCUAUGUGCUUCGACCUUUUAUGGAAUACACUAUUCAGAGAAAGCUUUUGAGCCCCUUGAUUAUCAUUGUACAAUAUAACAGUAAAAGAUUUACCCAAGAGUUCUAUCAAAAUAUUUCUCAAAUAAAUAACCUCUUUUGAAGCUUCACUAAUUGCCAUAUAUUCCGAUUCGGUACUAGAAAGUGCCACAGAUCUCUGCUUCGUACUCUCCCAGGAUAUCAUAGAUCCAGCAAGUUUAAAACAAAAACCAGUGUAAGACUUUCUAUCACUCACAUUUUGUGCCCAGUCAGCAUCAACAAAACCUUCCAAAUUUUUGUCAUUUUUAGUAAAUUUCAGACAAAAUGACUUGGUAGCUUUUAAAUACUUUAAAACCCUUUUUGCUGCAUGCCAAUGAGAUUCAUUAAAACAAUUGUUGAACUGACUUAGGUAACUUACGCAAUAAGAAAUAUCAGGUCUAGUCAUAACACAAAGAUACAUUAAACUUCCAAUUAAAUGUUGAUAUGGCACAUCUAAAUUACAAUUGCCUUUUUCAAAAAUUGGAUGAACUUCCAUUGGUGUGGUCACAGUUUUAGAACCUGUCAUCUUAAACUUUGCCAAUAAGUUGUCAAUAUAUUUUUCUUGAUCAAGUGUUAUAAUAUUUUUAUCUUUGUUAAUAUUAAUUCUAACACCUAAACAGUUUUUAGCCUGUCCCAAAUCUUUGAUUUUAAAUUUAAACUCAAUUCCUUCUUAAUAAACUCAGUUUCGUAAGCAUUAUUCGAAAAAAGGAAAAAAUCGUCUACAUGCAAAGCAAUUAUUGUCAUAAGACCAUUUUCUCGUUUAAUAAAAACACAAGAUUCAUAAUUUGACUUUUUAUAACCUAAUUCUGUCAAAACUACUUCAACCCUCUUAUACCAAACCCGAGAUGAUUGCUUUAAAAACCAUAAAUGGCACGUUUGAGCUUUAAAACUUUAUUUUCCUGACCCUGAAUGAUAAAACCUGGUUGCCGCAUAAAUACAUUUUCUUCCAUUCAAAAAAGCUGUGGCCACAUCCAAAUGAGUUAUAUCUAAGCCUAAAUUAACCGAUAGUGCUAUCAAUAACCUAAAAGUGGAAUGCCUCACUACUGGAGAAAAAGUUUCCCGAAAAUCAAUACCAUAUUGUUGUGUAAAACCCUUGGCCACUAGUCUAGCUCUGUAUCUAGUCUUUCUUACCUUCACUGUCAGUCUUUCUUUUGAAAACUCAUUUACAGUCUACCACACUGCCUAUUUCUGGAAUGUCAGUCAUUUCCCAAGCAUCAUUUUCAUUGAAGGAUUGCAUCUCUUCUAACAUUGCUUGCUUUCCAGAGCUUGUUGGACAGUAAUCGGAUCAUUUUCUAGAUUAUUUUCUGUACAUAGAUAUGUCACAUAAUCAGAAAAAUUUUAGGUUCGGAUACGCUGAGGUCUGUCUCUAUCCUCCACUGGUAUAUUCUGCCCCUGCACAUCUUCAGGUUCAUAUUCGCUAACAUCACUCGAUUCAUUUACAGAAAAACUAUCAGGUGUAGCAAAGGUUUCCACAUCUUCUGCAGAAUUUUCACUUAUAGGAUUACCAAUUUUAUCCUCAAAUAUAAUUACAUCUCUGCUAGUAGUGAUUACGUUUGUUUCUGGGUCAAACAGCCUAAAACCCUUAACGUUUUCUGAGUACCCAAUAAAAAUCUGUUUCUUAGACUUCUUGUCCCAUUUCAGUCGCUUUUCUUUAGCAACAUGGACCAUUGCAUGACUUCCAAAAACUCUAAAAUGGCUAAUAUCAGGUAUUUUAUUAUAUGGGCCAUUCCACGAACAUACGCCUGUUUUGGAUUACUUCGACAACGAAUAUUGUACUGUGCAACAUAAGAAGUACGAAAGUAAAUGGCUCUAAUAAUUAUUCCAAUAAACAACAAUGUAAUUUGCAAUUUACUUUCGUUCUUCUUAUUUUGCACAGUAAAAUAUUCGUUGUCGAAGUAAUCCAAAACAGGCGUAUGUUCGUGGAAUAGGGUAUACCACAUUUCAUAAGGAGUUUUGCUGUCUAAUCCUGAAACAGUAGAACGAUUUCUAAUGUAUACAGCUGUAUUAACGGCUUCUGCCCAAAAUUUCUUUUCCAAUUGAGCAUCAAAUAUCAUACACUUUGCCUUUUCUACAAUAGAACGGUUUAAUCGUUCAGGCAUACCGUUUUGUUCUGGGGUAUAAGGGUUUGUUUUCUGAUGUACAAUACCAUGACUUUCUAAAAAACUGUCAAAUUGUUUGUUCACAAACUCACCCCCGUUAUCUGAUCUAAAUGUUUUAAUCUUUAGGUUAAGUUGUGUUUCAACUAACACUUUGAAUUUUUUAAACGCUUCGAAAACUUGAUCUUUUGUUUUUCAAAAAUAAACAAAUGACAUUCGUGUAUAGUCAUCAAUUAAAAUAAAAAAAUACUUAGAGCCUCCAAUUGAUCUAGUUUCCAUAGGUCCACAUAAGUCUCCAUGAAUAACUUCAAGUGGCUUUUCUGCUCUUGUACCUGUGUUUUUAAAAGACAUACGAGUCUGUUUACCUUCACAAGUAAUGCAAUUAGAUUUACUUAGCUUUGUAACAUCUGAGCAACUGAGUCCUAAAACAGAACCAUUUUUCAUUUUAUCCAUGUCCAAACUAAUAAUAUAACCAAGUCUACGGUGCCAUAAUUCAGAAGAGACAUUAAAAUUACAUUGUUCAGAAUACUGUACAUUAGCUACAUUAAGUUUAUACACACCAUUACAAAUUUCAGCAACAGCAAUUAGACUAUUAUCAGCAUUAAAAAUUUUACACAACAUAGGUUCAAAUAUUCCUUAUUUCCAUUUUUAAGCAACUGACUAACUGACAAAAGAUUUGUCGACAAUUGUGGUACACAGAGAACAUUUUUUACAGUAACAUCAAAAACAUCUUUAUUUACAAUAGUUUUUAAAAGUACGUUACCUGUAGCUACUACUGGAACCAUCGUUUUAUUAGCUACCAUAAUUUCUUGACAAAAAGAGUCUGUACUUACCUUGUUUAACAAAUUUCUAUCAGCUACUAAAUGCGAACUAGCUCCUGCAUCUAUAUACCAAUCUGUUUUCUGAAAGUUCGUACUCAAAAAUACAACAUUUAAAUACAACAAAUAAGCGUUUUCCUUUUUGUUUUGAGAUUUUUCUUUUGCUAACAAAGGACAUUUGUUUUUGAAAUGGCCUAACUGUUUACAUCCGAAGCACCUCACUUCACGAGUUCGUUCUUCUUUUUCAACUCGAUCACUUUCACCAAAAUUGUUGCGCACUGUCGAAUUUGACUGAUUCGAUUUGGCUUAUUUCUGUGACGGGUAAAAAAUGCACCACUUUUAUUACCACUAUCACUUUCCAUAUCAAGGAGUUUUGUUUUAAUACUAUCAGUGGUAAUUUUAAGAGAAGAAUUUUCGAUUGUAUGUACCAUGGGUGUAAAUUUCUCAGAUAAGCCUGCAAGCAUUAAGGAACCCACCAGCUCAUCAUCGAUCCCAAAUCCGGUACCUCGUAACCUCUGGCUUGUUGCUACAAUCUGAUUAACAUAAGAAACCAUUGUAUCACAAUUUUCUAAACGAAUAGAAAUCAAAUUGCGUAACAAACUUAUGCGUCGUGUAAUGCCAGAAUCGUCAAACAUUGACUUCAAUUUAUCCCAUAACGAUUUUGCAGUCUUCGCCUCCUUUAUAUGUAUAUAAAGAGAUGGAUCUAUGGUUAAGAUAAGUUUUGCUUUAGUUUUCUGAUCUUCACUCUUCGUGGCUUCGUCAGUUCCUGGUUCACUUUCGACACGUUCAGCAAGUCCUUCUAAGAUGAGAAAAUUCUGAGCAGCGAAUGCCCAAUCGUCAUAAUUAAUACGACCUUUUAACUUCGGCACGUUCAUCAAAUAAUUAGACGCCAUUAUCUCUACAGCAAAAUCUGCACUUACUUGUAUUACGCCAUGUGCUCUUGUAGAGUUCAGUAAUUAACCAUGCUUUAUUGUUCAUAACCUCACAUAAUUCAUGAUACAUGGCAUAUGACAUAAGUCAUCUUCAUAGAACAUUAUUUUUGAACUAAAUAUUACCAACAAAAUUGUUGUCCGUCCUGUUGUCAAACCUGUCCGUCGAGGUUAUAUUCGGGGUCGGACGGACAGACAGUCUAGGUCAAAUUCCUCACCUUUAGUACCAUCCUUGGAUUAUAAGCUUUCAUUAGAUACCUCAUUUGUCAAUCUACCUGGUAUAGUGACGGAGGAGUUAUAUUCUCAGUCGGACGGACGUACAGACAGCCUAGGUAAAAUUCCUCACCUUUAGUACCAUCCUUGGAUUAUAAGCUUUCAUUUGACACCUCAUUUGUCAUUCUACCUGGUAUAGUGACGGAGGAGUUAUAUUCGCAGACGAACGGACAGACAACCUAUGUCAAAUUUCUCACCUUUAGUACCAUCCUUAGAUCAUAAGCUUUCAUUUGACACCUCAUUUGUCAUUCUGCCUGGUAUAAUGACGGAGAAGUUGUGAUCACAGACAGACAGACGGACGGACGUGGAUAAUUCAACAUUUUCACAUUUUUUCAAAAUUGGUGAAAACAAUAUCUAGCCAGUUGUGUCUGAGUUUAGCGAACCGAUUAUAUGAUCGCCGUUUCCAUGGUAACAUGCACAAUACAAACGCAAUUAUGUAUUGUUGUUAAACAAAAUGUGUUGAAGCAAAACUUACCAAGAAUUUUAAAUAAAUAAUGUAUAUAAAUAUUAAGAAUAUUAAAUACCUAUAGUAUUUUUACUACAAAAGCGAUAUUACGUAGGUCAAAAUUUUUGACGUAAGAGAACUGUCAAAACAUUAGAAUGUGAAUUUUCAUUAUUGCCAUGUUUAUUACAAACAUGGCAAUAAUGAAAAGUCACAUUCUAAUGUUUUGACAGUUCUCUUACGUCAAAAAUUUGACCUACGUAAUAUCGCUUUUGUAGUAAAAAUACUAUAAAUAUGUGUAUAUGUAUUUUAUUUCAAUUUAGGCAAAUAAUAUAACUAAAGCACCUAAAUUAUUUAAUUUUGAACUCUUGACAAAAACGCAUCCAUAGAAAAAGUACAGUGUACAACACGUGAGAAAAUUACAUAUUUCUUCCUCGCUUGAUUUGUGGCACUCGCCUCGUUCCUCGGCACGUGCCAACAAACUUCUGCGCUCGUGAGAAAUAUGUCUUUUUUCUCACUUGUUGUACAAUAUACUAUUUCGCGGAGUGACCCUACUUAUUCGUUAGCAUUAUACUGUGAUAUGGGUACAGACAAAUGUUUUAACUAAAGUGAAUGAAUUUAAAAUUAUAGUAAACGUAAAAAUCAUCUAGUCCCGUUGGGCAGUGUUAGGUUUAUAAUUUUUUGAUAACAAAAAAAAAACGCUAAUUUUGUAAGAAUUUCUAAAUAUAGGGAUUUUCAAUCGUGCCGUAAUGGACAGAUAUACAUAUUUUAUCGACAUUUUCAAAAAUAAUUAAAAACUCAUAAAUGUUUCAUAAUUUUAUUAAGCAUUAAUGAAAAUACUUUUCAUAUAUUUUAUUAUUUUUCCUUUGAUGUGAUAUUUUCUAACUUUUAAAAUGUAGCUUUUUGAAGACUUUUGUCAGGAAUUAUUGUUUUAAAAAAACACCUGAAUGUUUUUUACUUUGUUUAUUAUAUAAUAUAUACACCAAAUAUUUGAUA